AUUUUUUAUUUAUAUAAAAUAUAUACACAUAUAGCUUUCAUUUUUCAUUUUUUUUUUAUCUAAAAAAAAAAGAGAGAGAGAAGAAACUAAAUUAAACUUUUUAUUCCUAUAUAUUAUACCUUAUAUACAACCAAAUAUUUGCAAAUAAUAUAAAAAAUUUAACAUCUAACAUAAAAAAAAAAUGUCAUCACAGAAUAGAGGGUUUCAGGGCCCUUCUUUUGGUACAGAUCGAAUGGGCCGACAAAGGCCUUCAAUUAUACCAACAGAUGAUGAGGAACAAGAACAACAACUUGGUGUAAUAGAAGAAGGGGGAAGAUAUUUGAAUAACAACAGAUCAAAUAUAAGUACACGUGUAAGUAAUAGAUCGAACAUCAGUCAUUAUACUUCUACGGAAAAUGCAGACCGAAGACCCUCAUCAGCUGUCAUGGACUCAAAAAUCAGUAAUAGCAAAAAAAUACAUGUUGUUUCACCUGACAGCCAUAUCAGUCAACAAUCUAAGGCAACAGCACCAUACGAUGAUAACAACACAGUCUCUCCUCUUCACGACCCUAUGACGGGAAAACCUCUUCGUAGACAUGGUACAGAGUUGAUUGGUGAUGUAUUGUUACACCCUCUUAAAGAAUAUCAACUUCACCAAAAGCGUCUUGAAGCUUAUGAAGCUGAAAAAAAUGUAUGGAAUGAAAAGCAUCCUGAAUCGAUUGCUUCUAAUAAAGAUGAUAUUAAUCAUAUAAAUGAGCCAGUAGUUGAAGUCCGAACCAGACUAACACUACACUUUAGACAUUUAGUAGGGGAUCAAGAUUUUACGUUUACAGAAGAUCAAAUAAACUUAUUGGAAAAGCCUUUGGAACUAACACUUGAAGAAAAAGAUAAACUGAAGCUUUUUAAAGAUACAGAUGAUUUCAUUGAUUUUCUAGAAAAAACCAAGCGAAACUUUUCUGUCAAAGUUCAUAAAACUGUUCAAAUUCGUCAACAAAUAGCAAAUGCUAAAAGUGAAUUAUUCAGCGAUUCUUCUAAUAGUUCAAUAAAUUUAACUGAAAACCCAAACAUAGUAGUUGAUUCAAAUCAAAUUUCUUCUGAUGGAGUACAUACUCCUCCUCAAAAAUCUGACUCUGGAGGCGAUCUUACAGUUACCAAAGCACAUCCUCAUAUAAACCGUUCACCAGAUGAUUUACUCAUAGAUUUGAAUAAUAACGUCUAUAUUCAAGUUCAAUUCAUUCCUAUCAUUCAUCAUCAACAUACGAAAAUGAGAAGAGCUAUCUUUUUAGUACCCGAUCCAGAUUUAUCUGAUGAAAUUGGUGAAGAAACUUCAGCUACUUGGGUUGAAUUAUUGGGCGAUGUAUUUUAUGUUGGUUGGCUUAGUCAAUUCACACAUUCAGUGCAUAUCAACAGUAUAGAUAGUCUUAAUACUUAUGCUGCUUGGUUUGUUGUAAUGUGGUGGACAUGGUGUUCAAGUGCCUUAUAUUCAUCUCGAUAUGAUAGAGGAGAUGUUGCUCAUCAUAUAUAUAAGAUCAUUGAACUCUGUGGUUUAAUUCUUAUGGCUGGUUCGAGUGAUAAAGAAAAGUUUGAAUCUUCACCUAAAUAUUUUAUCAUAGGCUAUAUAACUAUGAAAGCAGUUUCCUUAUUUCAAUAUACAGUUAUAUUUAUUGUAUCACUUGGAGCUCAUUUUAAAUCAUCUCAUCGUCCCUUAGGCAUUUAUGUGACCGCUAGUGCUAUAUCAAUAGCUAUGUGGGGGGUAUCCCUUUUAUAUACAUCUAAAAUAGACAUAGGCAAACGAUACGGUCUUUGGUACUCUAGUAUAGGGAUGGAGAUGCUUAUUCAUGUCUUUUUACAAGGCAAUAAUCGAGUCUCAUUAGCAGCAAGUCAUCUAGGUGAACGUUUUGGAUUAUUCACUCUCAUUAUCUUGGGAGAGAAUUGUAUGGGGUUUAUCAAGAUGGUAGCUGAGGCAGAUGCAACAUCCAGUUUAAUUGCUUGUAACGUGUUUGGUGUAACGAUUAUUUUUUGCUAUUUCUUUAUGUACUUUGAUGAUUUUAGUGGAGAAUUUUUGUCUAAAAAUCGACUUAGUCCAUUAUGGAUGUAUCUUCAUUUCCCUUUACAUUUAUUUCAAGUUGCCUUUGGUAUUGCCUUAACGGAUAUCAUAGCAAAGCAUAGUCUUCUUCAAGAUACGUCUACCUAUCUUGAUAGUAUUUUGGAAAAAUGUCAUGCUAGUGAUCCACCAGCCUUGAUGACUGAAAAUAAGACUAUUAUAGAACAUUAUAAAGUGCUUUCAUUAUCCGUAGAAUCAUCACAUUCAACAACAGCAAGUGAAAGUUGUAAUCCAUUAUUUGAUAUCAAGAUUUUUUGGAUUACAGCAGGGUUAAUUUUAUGUUUUAAUGCAUUUAUCAAGUUGGUCAAUACACCUGUCAACAGAGGUUAGUAUCUAAAUAUAGAAGUCACAGGAAAAUAGAUAAUAAUAACAAUAAUAAUAAUAGGCAGUAUAAAAGCAUAUAUUAUUUGUUCGUCUCGUAUUUUUAAUGCAAUUGUCUUUUUUGCAUUAUCAACAACUACGUAUAAACAUCUAAAUGCUUUAGGUAUGGUCUCUGUCAUGAUGGCUUGUUUAUUAUUCCAAUGUAAGUUGUAUAUACUUAUAAUAGCACAGUUUAAAAU